AUGCCGUGCUUCACGGCAAUUCAACUAAACAUCCUAACCGUCCUCCUCUUCUUCUGUUUCUGGGCGCCGAUCGCGCGAUCCUUGCCGGAUAAUUCGGGAUCUAUCCGGUUACCUUCCGACGGAUUUACAAACGCCGAUGAGAACGAAGGCGUCUCCGCUCGAUUCAAUAAGCCGUCAUCCUGCCCGGUCAAUUGCUUCCGAACGGAGCCCGUUUGCGGCGUUAAUGGCGUCACCUACUGGUGCGGUCGCGCCGAUGCAUUAUGUGCCGGUACUCGCGUGGCCAAAGUAGGAUUUUGUGAGGUCGGGAGCGGAGGUAGCGCGUCGUUUCCUGGUCAGGCUCUGCUUUUGGUUCAUAUUGUUUGGCUCGUCUUGCUUGGCUUUUCUGUAUUGUGUGGUCUUUUCUAA